CAGUGAAGCAGCGACUGAACUUAAGGAAGAAAAAAUGUCUGGUCGUGGCAAGCAAGGUGGAAAAGUCAGGGCUAAGGCCAAGACUCGCUCUUCUCGUGCUGGACUCCAGUUCCCCGUGGGUCGUGUGCACCGUCUUCUGCGCAAAGGGAACUACGCAGAGCGCGUCGGAGCCGGAGCGCCCGUCUACUUGGCUGCUGUGCUGGAGUACCUGACUGCUGAGAUCCUGGAGUUGGCCGGCAACGCUGCCCGGGACAACAAGAAGACCAGGAUCAUCCCUCGCCACUUGCAGCUCGCCAUCCGCAACGACGAGGAGCUGAACAAGCUCCUGGGCAAAGUCACCAUUGCUCAAGGAGGCGUUCUCCCCAACAUCCAGGCUGUGCUGUUGCCCAAGAAAACCGAGAGCCACAAAGCUAAGAGCAAGUGAAGCUCUUCUCAAGGAAUCCCAAAAUCCAAAGGCUCUUUUAAGAGCCACCCACAACUUCAGCGAAAGAGCUAGUUAUCUCUAGUAUAAGCUACCGAUUCAAAUAUUUCUUUGUUAGUUCU